AUGCAGCACUCACACCAAAUAAAGCCUCUUCAGGCUGAAUACUUCCGAUCUGGAAUCUCCUCUUCGAUACACGGGGGACGUUUGAGCUCGAAAGGGCGAGUGGCGACAUUUCUUUUGUCUUCUUGUCUUGUCAUUGAAGAUGCAAUUAUUGUAUCUAUCUGUGUGCGAGAGAUCCCAAAGAGAGGCUUGUGA